ACUGUGCGCACCGCCGUGUUUCCGGGCGGGGACACUCAGGGCGCGACACUUAUCUGUUACCCAUAGAGGCCGUCGCGGCUGCAGCAGGCGCGGCCAUGAAGUUUAGGGCCAAGAUCGUGGACGGGGCCUGUCUGAACCACUUCACACGUGAGCAGGGAGGCCGGAGGGGAGCGAGGGAGGAACGGAAGGAAGCAGUGAGCGCGCGGAAUCAGUAACAUGAUAGCCAAGCUUGCCAAAACCUGCACCCUCCGCAUCAGCCCUGAUAAGCUUAACUUCAUCCUUUGUGACAAGCUGGCUAAUGGAGGGGUGAGCAUGUGGUGUGAGCUGGAACAGGAGAACUUCUUCAAUGAAUUUCAAAUGGAGGGUGUCUCUGCAGAAAACAAUGAGAUUUAUUUAGAGCUAACAUCGGAAAACUUAUCUCGAGCGUUGAAAACUGCCCAGAAUGCCAGAGCCUUGAAAAUCAAACUGACUAAUAAACACUUUCCCUGCCUCACAGUCUCCGUGGAGCUGUUAUCUAUGUCAAGCAGUAGCCGCAUUGUGACACAUGACAUCCCCAUAAAGGUGAUUCCUAGGAAAUUGUGGAAGGACUUGCAAGAACCGGUGGUCCCAGAUCCUGAUGUUAGUAUUUAUUUACCAGUCUUGAAGACUAUGAAAAGUGUUGUGGAAAAAAUGAAAAACAUCAGCAAUCACCUUGUUAUUGAAGCAAACCUAGAUGGAGAAUUGAAUUUGAAAAUAGAAACUGAAUUAGUAUGUGUUACAACUCAUUUUAAAGAUCUUGGAAAUCCUCCUUUAGCCUCUGAAAGCACCCAUCAAGACAGGAACGUGGAACACAUGGCUGAAGUGCACAUAGAUAUUAGGAAGCUCCUACAGUUUCUUGCUGGACAACAAGUAAAUCCCACAAAGGCCUUAUGCAAUAUUGUGAAUAACAAGAUGGUGCAUUUUGAUCUGCUUCACGAAGACGUCUCCCUUCAAUAUUUCAUCCCCGCGCUGUCCUAGCACCCUGUUGCUGGAGUUGGCAUGCAGAGACUUUGUCAGGAUGGGAGAGGCCGUAGGCGUUGUGUUCUGAUCACUGGUCUGUGUCCUCACAGCACCGCACAUCGACACACUGUACUUAUUUGUCCCUCUCUAACAUUUUAACUAAAAGUUGACUUAAUGGCACAUAGUUGGAUAAACAUAUCACUUCAUGUUGCUCAUGUCUGUUUUGUUUUGUUUUUAAGACAUUGAAAAGAAAAGCUAGAAUUUAUUUAUUCAGACUUUAAAGAACAAUUUCUCAUUGACGUUGUGAAAAUCCCCAUGUAUUUAGACUUGGUGUAGUAGCCAGAAUUCAUGCAGCUGUUGCCUGGGAGCUGGGUACUUUCCCUCCAGGCAGAGGCUCUAGCUCAGCACGGCCUGUAGCGCACAGUCAGUCUUGCAUUUCAGUGUGUUCACCCUGCUUGCUCCUGCCCCUUGGAGCCCAGUGACAGAAAGUAUAGCCUCUGUCACCCCGCCGCCACUGCCUUGGUUACUCAGAGCGCUAUGGGGUGUCACAGCUGCAGCAUUUGGGGCCUCUUUCUCUCUCUUGCUGAGGACUCAAGCCCACCUGAGUCCACUCCCCUCUUGAUGCGUGGAGAGCUGGCCCAGCCAACACAGCUCUUCGCUGGGAGCUCCUUCUGCCACUCCAAUUAGUUUCUUCCUGGGGCCAGUUUUGGGUUUAGGUUGUAAUUCCUUAUAUUUCUUCCGCAGUGCAUCGGAUCUGUCGUUCUGGAAAGAAGACCCUUCUAUUUAGAGUAGAAACAAACGAAACUUCUAAGGUAUCAUCUGCGUUAAGUGAUGAGACCGUAUUUCUUUGAUGUUUCUGAACAUCAAAGCUGAUUCAGUACUGGUAGAUGUGCUCAUUCUCCCUGAAACAUACCUAUCAUAUUUCCUAUUGUAAUUCUAUCUCAUUGUCCUGUGGAGGUGGACAUGAUCAACAAUAUCUUUUAUUGUUUUGUUUUGUUUGAGACAAGGUCUCACUCUGUCACGAGACUGGAGUGAAGUGCAACAAUCAUGGCUCACCACCUUGACCUCCUUGGCUCAAGGCAUCCUCCCACCUCAGCCUCCUGACUACUUGGGACUACCGGUGUGCGCCACCACAUCCAGCUAGUUUUUAAUUUUUCAUAGAGACAGAGUCUCACUGUGUUGCCUAGGCUGGUCUUGAACUCCUGGGCUCAAGCCACCCGCCCACCGGGGCCUCCCAAAGUGCUAGGAUUACAGGCAUUAGCCAUCACACUCAUCCAUAAACGUUAUCUUAAUGUCACAUUACAAAACUGAGGCCUAAGUUGCUUAGGACAAGAUGAAGAAAUGGAAGACUAGCUAACAUGAAAAUUUAUAUUUUGGCUUUUAAAUGUUUUUUGGUAAAACCAGUGUAUUUGAAUGGUUCUUUUGAUGUUUAAUAAUGGUUUUUUGUUUGUUUGCUUGUUUCGGUUUUUUUUUUUUUUUUUGAGACGGAGUCUCGCUCUGUCGCCAGGCCGGAUUGCCAGUGUCACGAUCUUGGCUGACUGCAAUCUCCACCUCCCAAGUUCAAGCGAUUCUCCUGCCUCAGCCUCCCGAGUAGCUGGGACUACCGCCGUGUGCCACCACGCCCAGCUAAUUUUUGUAUUUUUAGUAGAGAUGGCAUUUCACUAUUUUGGCCAGGAUGGUCUCGAUCUCUUGAUUUCGUGAUCCACCUGCUUUGGCCUCUCAAAAGUGCUGGGAUUACAGGCGUGAGCCACCAUGCCUGGCCUAUGUUUAAUAAUGUUUAAAUAGGGUGGAAUAUUUUGUUAAAUUAACAUCUUAAAAUUAGAAGGCACCAUUUUAAUUUUUAAACCCUUUCUCGUUGUAACAAAAUUAAUUCCAGCUGUAGUGAGAAAACUUAAAAAUCAUGCUACAAAAUGAAACAACAUCUGAAAGUAGUUUUAUAAAACUGAAAUUGUUGAAGAGAAUGGUUAUUAGUGACUUAACCAUUUGCUCUAUAUGAUAUUUAUUAUCAAAUACACAUAAUUUUGAAGAUUUAAAUGAAUGGCUUAAGAUUUUAUCUUUGUGUAGAAUGUGGCUAAAGAAACCUUAGUUGAGAUUC